AUGGAUCUCCCACUCCCAGAGUCCGUCUUCCAAUCAGAUUUCCUUCGAGAGCUGCUCUUGAACGCCUCCUUGCUGAACCUGAGCAGCAGCUGGUUCACCAAUAACACGGGGGAUCGGUUCCUGCCGUUUGGCAUCCAGGUGACCAUUGUGGUUGUCUACCUGAUUGUCUGCAUGAUGGGACUGGUGGGCAACUGUGCGGUGAUGUACGUCAUUAUCAGAUAUACGAAGAUGAAGACAGCCACAAACAUCUACAUCUUUAACCUGGCGCUGGCGGACGCCUUGGUCCUGAUCACCCUACCGUUUCAGGGCACGGAUAUCUUAAUGGGCAUCUGGCCUUUCGGAAACGCCCUGUGCAAGAUCGCCAUAGCGAUCGAUUACUACAACAUGUUCACCAGCACCUUCACCCUGACCAUGAUGAGCGUGGACCGAUACAUAGCCAUCUGCCACCCCGUCAAGGCUCUGGACAUCCGCACGCCACACAAGGCCAAGGUGGUCAACGUCUGCAUCUGGAUCCUGGCCUCUUUCAUCGGGAUACCGGUCAUGGUCAUGGGCUCUGCCGAGAUGGAGAAUGGAGAGAUCGAAUGUAUGGUCCAGCUGCCAGUUCCUGAACAUUACUGGGACCCAGUUUUUGGCACCUGCGUUUUCCUGUUUUCCUUUGUCAUCCCUGUCCUCAUCAUAACGAUCUGCUACAGCCUCAUGAUCCGACGCCUGAAGAAGGUGCGCGUCCUCUCAGGGUCCAAGGAGAAGGAUCGAAAUCUGCGCAGGAUCACCAGGCUGGUCUUGGUGGUGGUGGCUGUCUUUAUCAUCUGCUGGACCCCCAUUCAGAUCUUUGUGUUGGUGCAGAGCCUAGGAGCGAAGCCAGAUAGCGAUUUAAAGGUUUCCAUCCUCCACUUCUGCAUCGCCUUGGGCUACAUCAACAGCAGCCUCAACCCCGUCCUCUAUGCCUUUCUUGACGAGAACUUCAAAGCCUGCUUCAAGAAGUUCUGCUUUCCCUCAGCCUUUCGCACCGAGCUGCAGAUGUCCAACCGUAUGUGCAGCAUUGCCAAGGAUGUGGCUUAUGCCUACAAGAACUCAGAUGGUCCGAAUAACCCCGCAUGACUAGGCAUGGACCUGCCCAUGUUGGGGGCAGAUGGAGAUCAGGUGGGUUCCAACCCACAGGCAGAACUGACACAGAUAACAGCCUUGUGACCAAGAUGACUGGAGGUGGAUGAGACACCUCCUCUCGGGAACCUCAAUUUAAUAUAGAAUGGGAAACCUCCAUUGAUUUCAAGAGGCUAUUUAUUUAUGGAUCUCGCCAACCUAAAACGGAGGAGAGACAUUCACCAUGAACAGAGUGGCUUCAAUGCAUUUGUUGAAUUUUUAGCUCUACGGCUGCUGCGGUGAUCCACAUGAAAGUGGGAAUAACCCAACUUGGCUUUUCCACAUCUCUUGCUUGCCGUGCAGGGUCUGUACAGAAUUUCUAGAUUUUUCUAGAGACCUUUUUUUGUCCAAUCGCUCCAGAGGAGCAGGCAUCAGAGUGGGUGAACUCACGAGAAAUCACCUCAAAAACACAUUGAACCUAUAUCC